CGGUAUAAAGCACUUGACAAUUUAACUCUCGAAUACUGGCCGACAGUGUUAUCCUCAAGAGAUGAUGCUUCAGGAAGUGGAAUUGCUAGUCCUUUUGGAGUUAUCUGCCAUCAAAAUGCUCAGGCUACAAUAGACUACUUUUUGCACGUGAUUGCAAAUGCGGCUUUGCUUCCCGAGUGCCUUCAAGCGUUAAAGUAUCCUGGUAAGAAGAAUAAUGUCGACCCUUCACUCAGGAAGUUCUUAGAUUUCUGGUUUCACGCGGUCCGAAAUCGGAGAGAAAGUGUUGAAAUGACAGAGAUAUUAAUGUAUCAUUUUUGUUUAGUUGAUUCGGCGUGGAAUCGGAAUACUUUGCAGUUUUUGGAUGAAAUGCUCGUAGGGAAAAGGGUAGAAUGCUUUGUUCAUAGUUGGUUCUGCGAUUAUUUAGCGAAUCUAUGUAUAAAGCAAAGAAAUUGUAUAAUUGAAGAAAAAACUCAAUUGCAGUGGCCACCAACUACAACGACAAACAGGAUGAGAUCUCCAAGCUUAAUGUUUCAAUCUAUAUUUGAGUCAACUGGCGAUGACUUACCUACUAGCAUACUGAAGCUUGGAGAUUAUGAAGAUUUUAAUUCAAGAUUGUUGACAAUUGAAGAUGAAGAUUAUAAUGAAGUGAAAGAAAGAGCUAGAAUUAUCUGA